UCCUGCUGCGGUUCCCUGAGCGGUGGUUCCCGGGUUGCUGAGUCGCCGAGCGCGGGGACUCGGGGGCGGAGCCGGGGUCGGACGGCGGGGCCGGCCGCAGCCCCGCCAUGGAGCCGGGCAGCGUGGAGAACCUGUCCAUCGUGUACCGGAGCGGAGACUUCCUGGUGGUGAACAAGCACUGGGACGUGCGCAUCGACAGCAAGGCGUGGUGCGAGACCCUGACACUGCAGAAGCAGUUGCGGCACCGCUUCCCCGAGCUGGCUGACCCUGACACCUGCUACGGGUUCAGGUUCUGCCACCAGCUGGACUUUUCUACCAGCGGGGCACUGUGCGUGGCCCUGAACAAGGCCGCUGCGGGCAGCGCUUACAGGUGCUUCAAGGAGCGGCGCGUCACCAAGGCUUAUCUGGCUCUGGUGCGGGGGCACGUCCAGGAGAGCCAGGUGACCAUCAGCUACGCCAUUGGCAGGAACAGCACAGAGGGCCGGGCCCACACCAUGUGCAUCGAGAGCACGCAGGGUUGCAAGAACCCAAAACCGAGUCUCACAGAACUGGUAGUUCUGGAACACGGGUUGUACGCAGGCGACCCCGUCUCCAAAGUGCUGCUGAAGCCACUCACAGGCCGGACGCACCAGCUCCGCGUGCACUGCAGCGCCCUUGGCCACCCAGUGGUGGGGGACCUGACAUAUGGGCAGGCCACAGGCCGGGAAGACCAGCCCUUCCGCAUGAUGCUGCAUGCCUUCUACCUGCGCAUCCCCACGCUGGCCGAGUGCGUGGAGACUCCGCCUACCAGCUUCAUCCUUCUCCACCUGGAUCCUGAGCUCGGGGCGGCACUUGGCCUCGGCGCAGGGGUGUGGGUUGGAGGCGGUGGUCGAGGAGCCUCUCAUGGGUGUCCCUCCAGAUCUGCUGGGAGCUCUGCUUCUGCUGCGGAAUUUUCCAGCCUCCUGGCUGCAGCUGCUACUGCUACGUCUCCGCCUGGCUCCUGCACAGCCACAGGCUGUCAGUCUCUGCCUUAAGGGCCCAGCCUUGGAGCUGUGGGCUGAUGGGACACACUUCCUCUGUCCCCCAGCUGCAGCUGGGCUGUAGAGACUCUAAGUAAAUCCUGGGUGAUUGA